AUGCCAGACGAAAAACCCCUGUCUGCUCAACAAAUCUCAGAGCAUACAACACCCGAAGACUGCUGGGUUGUGAUCGACAAGAAGGUUUGGGACGUGACCGACUUUUUGGAAGAGCAUCCAGGAGGAUCUGCAAUUAUCCUGAAAUAUGCAGGCAAAGAUGCAACGAAAGCCUACUCAGAAGUUCAUGCACCCAACGUUGUAAAAAAUAAUCUCCAUCCGGACAAGUUCAAGGGUACCCUCGACGAGUUUACAAUUAACGCUGAGUGGACCAAACUACCACCAGGGCAGGUUCCCAAGGUCUUUCUAGAAGACAACAAACCUCCGUUGGACACACUAAUAAGCUCACACGACUUUGAGGUUGUGGCUUCAAGAACUGCCAGCAAGAAGACCUGGGCGUUCUACUCCAGCGCAGCUACCGAUUUAAUCACAAGGAAUGCCAAUAAAUCAUGCUUCGACCGGAUAUGGUUCCGCCCUCGAGUCCUAAGAAACGUCCGUCUGGUAGAUGCUGGGACAAAGAUCCUCGGCGGGAGUUACAAGCUCCCACUAUUCGUGAGUCCGGCAGCAAUGGCAAAGCUUAUUCACCCGGAUGGAGAAUGCGCCAUUGCCAGAGCCUGCGCAACCAAGGGAAUCAUGCAAGGAAUUUCAAAUAACUCAUCCUACACUAUGGAGGAACUUUAUACGGCCGCGCCCUCAGCCGACUUUUUCUUCCAAUUAUACGUCAACCGGGACCGACAAAAGUCCGCCGCUCUCUUGCGCCAGUGUUCAGCGAAUCCGAACAUCAAAGCCAUUUUUGUUACCGUGGACGCCGCGUGGCCCGGUAAGCGCGAAGCUGACGAGCGCAUCAAAGCCGACGAGAACCUAUCUGUGCCUAUGGCACCGUCGAAGGUGAAUAACGAUAAGAAAGGAGGGGGUCUCGGUCGCGUCAUGGCUGGAUUCAUUGAUCCCGGGCUGACAUGGGAGGAUUUGAAAUGGGCGAAACAGCACACGCACAAGCCGGUGUGUUUGAAAGGUGUGAUGUCAGCCGAUGAUGCGCUGCUCGCCAUGAAAGCGGGGCUGGAUGGGAUCUUGCUCAGCAAUCAUGGCGGUCGCAACCUAGAUACUAGUCCGCCAUCGAUCAUCACGCUCCUGGAGAUCCACAGGCGUUGUCCAGAGGUCUUUGAUCACAUGGAGGUCUAUGUGGACAGCGGAAUUCGACGAGGAACUGACAUCCUUAAGGCUGUUUGUCUGGGGGCAACGGCUGUGGGAAUGGGCCGAAGCAUGCUUUUUGCUACCAACUAUGGCCAGGAGGGAGUAGAGCAUCUGAUUGACAUCAUGCAAGAUGAACUGGAAACAUCCAUGCGAAACGUUGGCAUCACAUCCCUGGCGGAGGCGUCCCCUGAUCUCGUGCACACUGGGGAUGUCGACCACCUGGUUCCAGCGUCCCGCUCUCACCCGUACGCUCGAGCCCUGGCUAAAGGACGGCGACCAGGGUCAUCGAACCUUUUGAAUAUACGAAGUCGAGUAUGA